CUCGGUACCGCCUUGGCUCGCCUACUCUCUUUUAUUUGAACACGCACACCUGUUUUAAAAAUAAACACAUGGAAGAAAUCUAUUGAUCAGUAUUUAUCAGACGAUAAAAAAUGGCAAGUUCACUUCAACAUCUUGGGAAAACUGAAGGAUCGCCAAAUGAACCGUCAUUGCUUGGUUAUUUUGAAGAAAUACAAGAGGCAGCUGAAAAUGUGUGCGUUUUGGUUAUCGACUACAAGUUUGAGAAAGACAUCAACCACAUCCGUUAUGGUUGUGAAAAAGACAGAGAAAACUUGAGAGAGACCUUUUAUGUCAGAAGAAAUUGCAGAUUUUGCCAGCUGCUCUCUCCGCGAAAGGAAGAUUUGCUGCGAAUUAUUUCGAAUGAAGACAACCUCUUACAACUUUUUGACUCGCAAACUCCACCGUCAGUUUUUAUUCUUUUUAUACUAUCACACGGAAAAAGAAACGGAAUUAUUGCCACAGACCAUAAAAAUGAGUCAGGCAAAUACGUUUCCUUUUCCACAACCGAGAUAUUGGACAGCCUCAAAGAACUGAAUAGCUUCAAGGACAGUCUGAAACUAAUUUUCUUCGCACCCUGCCGUGGUGAUGAAGGCAACCCGUUGCUCCUCUCCUCAAAAUUUAGCUCAAAAAGCUCUUGCAGCGUCAACACACUUCCCAAUGAGCCGAAUUUUGUGAUUUGCUACUCGACGGUAGAGACUACCUUAGCGGAGAGAAAUGCUAAAUUCGGGACAGUGUUUGUCCAGAAAAUUUGCGAAGUACUCAAUACCACCGAGAAAGAUGUUCCUUUGACUGUUUACCUGACUCUAGUGCAGAAUAAAAUCCACUCAUCAGCUAAUCAGAAAGGCCAAACACCGGAAAUAAAAUAUUUCCCUCACAAAGGCUUCAUGAUUAUGAGAGUGAAAACUCCAACUCCUACAAUCAAUGAGUACGAUGGUGUUUGGGAUCCCAGGCCAACGCAUCAGGCCACCAGAUCGAGUUUUUUCCCAUGGCUCUCCUCUAGCGGCGAAAGAAACGUGCGAGGAAAAAAAGCUAUUUUGAUUUGUGAUUACUUCGAUAAGAACGUACAAACGCUGGAACAGAUUUUGAGGGAGAAAGUCAAUUUUGAAACUAGCGUCGCAAACAACUCGAAUGUGGAUUUGCAGAAUUUGUACGAAAAAGUUCAAGGAGAGCAAAGUGAUGUUGGCUGCGUUGCGGUUUUCUACUUUGCUAGAAUUUGUGUUGGUGUUGACGGUGAAAUUUGCGUCUCGGUUGAAGGAGGUACCGUGCCAAUUUGUGAUAUUAUCUACCGAUUUGUUGGACCGUCGAAUGAAAAGUGGAUUGGGAGGCCGAAAUUGUUUUUCUUUCAAAAUCAAGCAACAUCCAGCGAUGCCUACCACGAAAAAGCUGUGGGUUCAUUAUAUAAUAUCAUCAGCACAAAUCACAGCGGACUGUUUGUGCAAAUUCAACCAAACGGCGAUGAUGCAAGUCACCAAUUGGUCCGGAUGUUUGACAACCCUGAAAUACGAAAUGGAAAGAAGAGUUUGCAAGAGGUGGCUGCUGAAACGAUGAAUAGCUCAAGAAAAAUGGUGAAUAAUGUUUUAUUACAGCCCCAAAUUAUGUCCACCUUGCAGCACUUGCUCGACUUCCCAAUUUGGCCUGUCAGAUUUAUAAAGCCAAGAUUCGCGUCUGACUACUACGAUUUGAAUUUCGAUGAAUUGCUCCUUGAAUGCGAGAGAGACUAUUUUCAGUCACACGAUCAGAAUGAAUAUGAAUACCGCGUCAGGCUUUUGGUCUCUGGGGCGGGAUUUGGAAAGACGGUUAUCAUGCGGGAGAUGUCGGAGCAUUUCAAACGAAUACAAUGCGAAAAAAAUGUCAUAAGGUGGCUGCUUUUGAGCGAGUACGAUUUUAUCGACGACUGUCCUUCGUUAGGCGUACGCGAAUUUCUCACCAGAGCGAGUCGCGAUUUUCUCAGACUCGAUGUGCAGAGAGUGAUGGAAUUAAAAAACGUCAUAAUAUUCUUGGACGGAUUUGAUGAGUUGUGCGAAAGACUAAGACCGAAAAUUUUGAAAUUAAUAAGGGCGAUUUCUGAGCUGCGCCUGCCUUUGUGGGUUGCCAGCAGGCCGCAAGAAAAAGAUCUCCAAUUGUUGCUCGAGGAUGUAUCCCCUGAAAUAUAUAACAUCCAUCCAUUUGAUGAUUCGGAGCAAACCGAGCUGCUGAAAAUCAUCACGAACAAAAGUGAGGAAGAGUGCCAACGUAUUCAGAGUCGAUUCACUGUCAUGGAAAAUAACAACAUUUUAGGAAACCCUCUUCAUCUGACCAUGAUUGCUGAAACUCCCGAUAUUGCGGAAAACGCCUAUAGCUUGUACCACUUUUAUGAAAAGGUGCUUGAGCAUCGUGUGCGGGAAGCGUUAAAAAAUAGAGAGUGCUACGACGAAAGCAACAGGAGGUUUAACUCGAUCCUGAAAGACAGGAUGAGCCUCUUGCAAGACACUGCUGCAUAUUACCUUUUCAGAACCAGUUCUGACGUCAAGUUACAGCUGAGCAAAUCGGAAAUCGAAAAGGUGAAUAACACAGGCAUAGCCUCGAUAGACCCCUCUUAUCAGGGAAACCAGACGGACAUAACCUUCCUGCACCGGACGUUUGCCGAGUUUUUGACGGCCAGGAAAUUUCUUGGUGAAAUCGCUCAAUCUGGAUCCUCUCUUUACGAGAUUUUUUUCGAGCCAAGCUACCAGUGGUGUAGGUUCUACGUCGACGUUUAUCUGUCGGACAUUAAAAAUCGGAGUCGGGAUUUGUGCACCAAGCUUAGUGACUAUCUUUUGGAGACGGAAUGGAGGUUGGAUAGAGUGUUUUGGGAAAGGUUGACGAACGUUUUUGAAAUUUUGGAACAUGAGAAAUUGUUAGAAACCGCGACAGAUUUGUCUACCAUGUCGCUGGCGAGCAGUGCAUGGCCAGAAGUGGCAAUGAAGUUGAUCGACAUGGGCGUUUUGCAAAGGACUAUCGAGGAAUCGGAGAAAAGGGAACAGAAAACGGCUGUGAUGAAACUGCUCAUAAGUGCGGCCGUGGAAAGGGGGCACGAUGAUUUGUUCAAGAGGUACCUUGACGAGUGGCCAAACGUUGAUGAAUAUCUCAAUACGAAGGAAGAGACGUACACACCGGAGGGCUACUCAGAAAUCAUGGAUUCGCCGCUCUUGGUCGCGGCCUGUAAACGGCAGGUUAACAUUAUGCAAAUUUUGAUUAAUAGAGGGGCUGACGUGCAGCAGUGCUUCGUUGAUUUAAUUGGAAAAGACGACAAGCAGAGCGAUAAUGAUCAGGUCGUCGGUGAUGAUUUUCUCGAACCAAUAAAACUUCUAGUAAAAGCCGGCGGCGUGAACGUGAACACAGAAAUAGGGAUUGAAAAGACGACGGCGCUGCACUGGGCUGUGAAAAACAACCACUUGCAAACAGCAAGGUAUCUUUUAGAAAAUGGUGCGGAGGUGGACGCACUUGACGCAAAAGGCAGGAGCCCUCUCCACGAAUCAGCCCAGAGCUCGGAGCUAGAAAUGUGCCACCUUCUUGUUGGACGGGAUGCGAAUUUAGACGCACUUACUUCGGCAGGCGAGAACGUUUUGCAUGUAGCUGCUGGAGGAGCGCAAGAAAUUAAUUUGUUUUACUUCUUGGACAUGAACCGAUUUGACUUAUCAGUAAAAAAUGCGUUGGGACAAAAUGUGUUGCACCUUGCGGCGCAAAAAACGUGUCUGUUCACAUUCGAGAAAAUACUAAACAAUAAGUCCAGGGAGUUGCUACUGGACAAGUGUGCUUCUGGUCGAAACAUUUUGCACUAUGCCUGCCUUGGCCGCAAUCUGAACGUCAUUCAACAUAUUUUGAGUUUAAAUUGUUUUGACGUAAAUGCGCGAGAUAAUUUCGGCAGAACACCUCUUCUCUUGGCAGUGGCAUCCAGCCAGGUUGAAUAUUAUUGCAGGCACCAUGAGACUGACGUGGGUGAAUUUUCGAUAGCAAAAUUGGCAAAUCUGCUUCUGCAGCAAGGCGCCGACAUUCUCGCAGUCGACGCAGAGCUGAAUAAUGCGAUGCACUUAUCCUGCUUUUCGGCCGACACAUCAAGUGUCGAAUAUUUAAUGAGAACCGGGCUUUUCGAUUUAAACGCAAAAAAUCUUGCAGGCGAAACUCCUUUGCUAGUAGCCGCUACUUCUGAGAGGAAUUUAACAAUAUUGGAAGAGCUGGUUGAGAAUGGAGCAGACAUUCUCGCCGCUAACAAUCAAGGGUGCAACGCGCUGCACUAUGCUUGCAAAUUUAGAGAGCCAGAUUUCGCGAAAAAGCUUUUCGAGUUGGGCCCGUUUGACGUCAAUGCACGAAACGCUGCCGGAGAAACACCGAUACUCAUUGCAGCCAAGCACUCGUCACUGUCGACGAUUUGGUAUCUGACGGACGACAUGAAUGCCGACAUGACUGCUGUUGAUUAUGCAAAUCGAAACGUUCUCCACCUCGCAGCAGAGUUUAAUUCAAUUGAGGAAGUUCAGUAUUUCAUCUACUAUGACGUGUCGUUGGUUUCGAGCAAAACUGCAGCCGGAGAGUAUCCGCACCAACUUGCGUUGAGGAACCCGCGAAAAUUGGUGCAAAAACUAUUCACCUCGAACCUUGACUCACUGAAUAAGGAGGUGUUUGAGGAAAGCUGUGCUGUAGCAUUUCUAGGCGAGAUGUCAAAACUAAGACAAUAGCUCGAAUUUAUAUCGAGGCUUUGAAGAUAAUUGUUCAGAUUGAACGGUUUUAUGCAACCUGCUAUGAAGCCCUUCUCGGCGGGACAGUAUUCAACCCCAUGCUAUAGGCAUGUGUAGUUGAGUUAUGAGAAAAGUAAAAUGCGAGACAAAUGAAUAAUAUUAAAAAAACAUAAA